UAAUAUGUAUGACCUUAAUAAAACUGGUUUAAAACAAGUUUAUCCAGAAUACUUUGAAACCGACAGCAGGGUAAAGAGGUCCAGUAGAUUACAAGAAAUAUUUCCUGCCGAUAGACUGCAACAAAUGUUAAUGAAUAUGAGGUCUUUCGGAAUGGUGUGCCAAAUAAGGUACACAUCUCUGAUACUUCUGUCUGUGAUUGGUUGGACUUUCGGAGCGGAACCAAUUAACAGCCGCCCUGGUGAUGUCGCUGUAUUCAGUAACCCUCGGGACAUUCGGCAAAAGAAGAUCGUCUGCUACUACCAAACCUGGGCAGUCUAUAGACCUAAGCCUUACCGUUACGACAUAGAAGACAUCCCUGGUAACUUUUGCACAGACCUUAUGUAUUCAUUCGCUGGUCUUAACAACAAAACUUGGGAGCUCAGUAGCCUGGACCCCAGUUUAGACUUCAGUGAAGCCGGCUACAAAAGAUUCACUCAACUCCGAGUUAGGUAUCCUCAUCUACGUCUCUUCCUGUCCGUUGGAGGUUGGGGUGAAGGAGGAGAAAAAUAUUCGCAGAUGGUUCGUCAAAAGGAACGAAGGGAUGCUUUUGUCAAGAGCGCCCUCAAGUGGCUGCUGGACUUAGGAUUUGAUGGUCUCGAUUUAGAUUGGGAAUAUCCGGGUUCUUAUGAUAGGGAUGGGCACAGGACAGAUAAAGAAAACUUUGUAAAACUUGUGCAGAUUGAAAAGUGGAUGUCCCCGAGGGGAUAUGCUACACAGGGCAAUUUUCCUAAUUUUGAUGCAUUUUUACUGGGACAGGUUGAAAAUUAUUUGGAUUGGAUAAAUGUUAUGACAUAUGAUCUUCGUGUCUAUUGGGAUGGUGUUGCUGACGUCCACAGCCCUCUUUACCGACGACCUUUUGAUACAUUUGCUUAUGAAAAUGUGAAUGUGAACGACGGACUCUACCUGUGGGUAAGCAUGGGAGCACCGAAACACAAGUUAGUAAUUGGUGUUCCAUUUUACGGCAAGGCAUUCCAACUCCUUUACCCGGACCAGCGACACCAAGGUGCACCAACAAAUAAUACCUUCCAGAAAACCUUAGCUUAUUACGAGAUCUGUAAGCACGUUCAAUCAGAUGGCUGGAUAAGGCAGUUUGACGACAUAGGCAAAUGUCCUUACGUCAUCUAUAAUGAAACCAUGUGGAUGGGUUACGAAGAUGAGGAGAGCAUUGGAAUCAAAUUAGACUACAUCCGAGACCAUGGUUUUGGAGGUGUGAUGAUGUGGGCAGUCGACUUGGACGACUAUCUUGGGUCAUGUGGGGAGAAGAAUAAGCUUCUGAAACUUUUGAAUAAAAAAUUAAAAGAAUAUAUAGUUCCUAUCCGUGAUUCAUUUUGAUAUCUAGGGAUGGCUGUGCAGUACUUGGUUUUGUCUGAUUUUCACCAAGUUUGGAUUUUUCAAAUAAAAGUAUUUUACUGUUUC